AUGAAGAUGACGUUCAUUUGGUUGUCCUUUCUGCCGUUGGCCUUUGCUAGUGGUGGAUUCCAGAGCAGCGAUCUCCAAACUACCCACAGCAAUGUGACAGUGAGCAGUGCCCCAGCCCCUCAGAGGCAGCAGACCCCCAACACAGUGCCUCCAAACCAAGGCCGACAGAGACCACUCUUUGCGAGGAGGGGACAUUAUGAACGGCAAAGGGUUCAAGUGCCGAAGCCCAAAGUGGUCCCUGUUCGUCCAAAUAAAACAUCCAAAAAAGUGCCACGCAAACUUAUGAAGGACAAGUGCUCUCAGGUUAAACAAAGCUGUUUGCCGCUGUCCGGCUGCUGUGACACCAAUGCCACAUGCCACUGCCGCUUCUUCAACGCUAUCUGCUUCUGCCGGAGGACCAAAUCGUAAUACGAGGAGAGAACACAAGGAACACCGGUAUGGGAUUGUAACAGCAGUCUUAGCAAGUAA